AGGAAUGUACGGGAGCGAAACCCUACGAGAAAGCCCCACCCGCGUCUCUCGCUCGCUCGAUUUCUUCGAUCGAUCGAAUCAGAUCUCGGAAGAAGUCCAAGAAUAAGAUGGAGACUAGCGGUGGCGGAGACGACGAGUUGUGGUGGUGGGCAGCGAGCUCCGGCCAGCUAGCGGCGGGAGUCGCCUUUUACCGGCGGGGGUGCGGCACGAGCGGAGCGGCGAUGCCCUUCAAGGCUUUCGCCAUCGCCACACUAUUCGUCGGCGCAGGAGCAGCAGCCGUCGCCGGAACUCUUCACGCAUCCGGCAUCCAUUCGGUUAUGCUUUUGUGGAGCAGGUGGAUGAUAUGAAGGAGAUGGGAAUGCGUAUUCGGAGAUGGAUGCAGGUGCGCCCAAGAGAGACUAAUUAAUGGGGGGGG